GGGGCAGCAGGAUGCUGGUGGCAGUAGAGGGGGCCGACCGGGUGCCUCCGCAGCUCAGCUGGCAGGGCCCGGUGGGGCGUGUGUGGCUGCUGGUGCGCGCCCCCAGCCCCACGCCUCCCCAUGCAGCCCUGGCAGUGCCUCCGGCGCUUUGCCCUGGCCUGGUGGGAGAGGACCGCGGAGGGUCGAGCCCGCUCUCCCAGGGAGGAGGUUGGACCAAGGGACCCUGGGGCCCGCGGGGAGCCAGGGCUCCAGCGAGCGGCGGGAGGGAAGCCGGCAGGACUCUGUUCCCUCUGUUUAAAGUCUCCAGAUCCGGAGCGGAGCAGCCCCCCCAUGCUGUCUGCCGACGAUGCCGAGUACCCUCGGGAAUACCGGACCCUGGGGGGUGGGGGCAGCGGAGGCAGCGGGGGUCGGCGCUUCUCCAAUGUGGGGCUGGUGCACACCUCCGAGCGGAGGCACACGGUGAUUGCUGCCCAGAGCCUGGAGGCGCUCAGCGGGCUCCAGAAGGCGGAUGCUGACCGCAAGCGAGAUGCGUUUAUGGACCAUCUGAAGAGCAAGUACCCCCAGCAUGCCCUGGCCCUGCGAGGUCAGCAGGACAGGAUGCGGGAGCAGGUCGGCGGCUGGACCGUGGACCCUGUGUGCCUCCUCAGCUCCCUCUGUUCCCACCUCCACGGCGAUUCCACCCCCUCCGGGGCUGGCCAGCCUGCCCAGCAACCAAACUACUGGAGUUUCAAGACCCGCAGCUCGCGCCAUACUCAGGGAGCCCAGCCAGGGCUGGCAGACCAGGCAGCCAAGCUGUCCUACGCCUCGGCUGAGUCGCUGGAGACCAUGUCCGAGGCCGAGCUGCCCCUGGGCUUCAGCAGGAUGAACCGCUUCCGACAGAGCUUGCCUCUCUCCCGCUCUGCCAGCCAGACCAAGCUGCGCUCACCAGGGGUCCUGUUCCUGCAAUUCGGGGAGGAGACCCGACGCGUACACAUCACGCAUGAGGUCAGCAGUCUGGACACGCUGCACGCACUCAUCGCGCACAUGUUCCCGCAGAAGCUCACCAUGGGCAUGCUUAAGUCUCCCAACACCGCCAUCCUCAUCAAAGACGAAGCUCGGAACAUCUUCUACGAGCUGGAGGACGUCCGGGAUAUCCAGGACCGCAGUAUUAUUAAGAUCUACAGGAAGGAGCCACUGUAUGCUGCUUUUCCUGGCUCACACCUCACUAACGGGGACCUGCGGAGAGAGAUGGUGUACGCGUCGAGGGAGUCGUCGCCCACACGGCGCCUCAACAACCUGUCGCCCGCAUCGCACCUAGCAUCUAGCUCGCCACCUCCAGGGCUCCCAUCCGGCCUGCCGUCGGGCUUGCCGUCCGGCCUGCCGUCGGGCUCGCCCUCGCGCUCACGCCUCUCCUAUGCUGGGGGCCGCCCGCCCUCUUAUGCCGGCAGUCCGGUGCACCACGCGGCUGAGAGACUGGGAGGUACCCCGGCCAGCCAGGGCGUGAGCCCCAGCCCCAGCGCCAUCCUGGAGCGGCGCGACGUGAAGCCGGACGAGGACCUGGCAGGCAAAACGGGCGGCAUGGUGCUGGUGAAGGGCGAGGGCCUCUAUGCAGAUCCCUACGGGCUUCUGCACGAGGGCCGCCUGAGCCUGGCCGCCGCGGCGGGGGACCCGUUCGCCUACCCGGGCGCAGGUGGCUUGUACAAGCGGGGCUCGGUGCGCUCGCUCAGCACCUACUCUGCCGCCGCCCUGCAGUCCGACCUGGAGGACUCGCUGUAUAAGGCAGGCGCUGGCGGCCCUCUCUACGGCGAUGGUUACGGCUUCCGCCUGCCGCCUUCGUCCCCGCAGAAGCUGGCCGACGUGUCGGCACCCUCUGGGGGACCCCCGCCCCCGCACAGCCCCUACUCCGGGCCUCCCAGCCGUGGCUCGCCGGUGCGCCAGUCCUUCCGCAAAGACUCAGGCUCCUCGUCGGUCUUUGCCGAGAGUCCCGGAGGCAAGGCCCGCAGCACUGGGAGCGCCUCAACGGCCGGAGCACCACCUUCCGAGCUUUUCCCUGGACCUGGGGAGCGCUCUCUAGUAGGAUUCGGGCCGCCGGUGCCAGCCAAGGACACAGAGACCAGGGAACGCAUGGAGGCCAUGGAGAAGCAGAUUGCUAGCCUCACAGGGCUGGUGCAGAGCGCCCUCCUGCGAGGCUCAGAGCCCGAGACCCCAAGUGAGAAGAUUGAAAGCUCCAAUGGAGCAGCCACCCCCUCAGCGCCGUGCGGGUCGGGUAGUCGGAGCAGCGGGGCCACUCCAGUGUCGGGCCCUCCCCCACCCUCGGCCAGCGGCACCCCUGCAGGGCAGCCCACUGCUGUCAGCCGGCUGCAGAUGCAGCUGCAUUUGCGGGGCCUACAGAACAGCGCUAGUGACCUGCGUGGCCAGCUUCAGCAGUUGCGCAAGCUCCAGCUCCAGAACCAGGAAUCAGUACGCGCGUUGCUGAAGCGCACCGAGGCGGAGCUGAGCAUGCGUGUGUCGGAGGCAGCGCGGCGGCAGGAGGACCCGCUGCAGCGGCAGCGCACCCUGGUGGAGGAGGAGCGGUUGCGCUACCUCAAUGACGAGGAGCUCAUUACUCAGCAGCUCAAUGACCUAGAGAAGUCAGUGGAGAAGAUCCAGAGGGAUGUGACCCAUAACCACCGGCUGGUACCCGGUCCUGAACUGGAAGAGAAGGCGCUGGUGCUGAAGCAGCUUGGGGAGACGCUAACAGAGCUCAAGGCUCAUUUCCCAGGCCUGCAGAGUAAGAUGCGUGUCGUGCUGCGUGUAGAGGUGGAGGCAGUGAAGUUCCUGAAGGAGGAACCUCAGCGCCUUGAUGGACUUCUCAAGCGCUGCCGGGGGGUCACUGACACGCUGGCCCAGAUCCGCAGGCAAGUGGAUGAGGGUGUGUGGCCACCCCCCAACAAUCUCCUGAACCAGUCUCCCAAGAAAGUGGCAGCUGAAACAGACUUCAGCAAAGGCUUGGACUUUGAAAUACCACCCCCCAGCCCUCCGCUGAAUCUCCAUGAGCUGAGUGGGCCUGCCGAAGGAGCCCCUCUUACCCCAAAGAGCAGUAACCCCACCAAAGGCCUGGAUGCUCCCGGCAAGAGAAGCGCGGACAAAGCAGUGUCUGUUGAGGCUGCGGAGAGAGACUGGGAAGAGAAGCGGGCAGCCCUAACCCAGUACAGUGCCAAGGACAUCAACCGGCUGCUGGAGGAGACACAGGCUGAGCUGCUCAAGGCCAUCCCGGACCUGGACUGUGCCAGCAAAGCCCACCCAGGACCCACCCCCACCCCAGACCACAAGCCCCCCAAGGCGCCCCAUGGUCAGAAGGCAGCCCCCCGGACAGAGCCCAGUGGGAGAAGAGGUUCAGAUGAGCUCACGGUGCCCAGAUACCGCACAGAGAAGCCCUCCAAGUCGCCCCCACCACCCCCUCCCCGCCGGAGUUUCCCUUCCUCCCAUGGCCUGACCACCACACGUACCGGAGAGGUAGUGGUCACCAGCAAGAAAGACUCAGCCUUCAUCAAGAAGGCUGAGUCCGAGGAGCUGGAGGUCCAGAAGCCCCAGGUGAAGCUCCGCCGGGCCGUGUCUGAGGUGGCCCGCCCUGCCUCCACGCCACCCAUCAUGGCCUCUGCCAUCAAGGAUGAAGACGAUGAAGAGCGCAUCAUCGCUGAGCUGGAGGUCUUUGAAAGAAGUUCAGUAUCUUCCCUUCCCCCUACGCCCCGUCGCCAGCCGAUCCCCACCUUGCUGUCCCCCCAGGACCUGGGGUCCCCUGGGGGCUCAGCUCUGAGCUCCCCAUGGAAGAGUGGUGGUGGCACCGUGCCACCCAUGAAGGUUGUGACUCCAGGAGCCUCUCGGCUGAAGGCAACCCAGGGCCCAGCAGGCAGCCCCGACAAAGGCAAGCACAGCAAGCAAAGGGCGGAGUACAUGAGGAUCCAGGCCCAGCAGCAGGCCACUAAACCAUCUAAAGAAAUGAGCGGGUCGAAUGAGACCUCGAGCCCAGUCUCAGAAAAGCCCUCUGGUUCCAGAACCUCCAUCCCCGUAUUGACUUCCUUUGGGGCAAGGAAUUCUUCCAUCUCCUUCUAGAAGCCCUCACACCACCACCUGGCCUGCCCCUCCCUCCCUCCCUCCCUCCUGCCAUUGUCCCCCACUUCCUUUCAUGCCCACUCCACCCUCCCAACUCUCACCCCUGAAGGGUUUUGGGGUCAUGGCCCUCAGCUCUCUCUCAUCCCCUCUUGGUGUUUUUGGUUUUUUUAAGUGAUUCUCUUUUAAUGAUCUUUUUUCUUUUUUUUCUUUUCUUUUUUUCUUUUUAAAGAGCAAAAGAGAAAACUAAAAACCAAACACACCGAUUUUCCUUGACUUCCUGUUCCCUAACGGGGAGGGGGGCCUCCUCGGCCUACUUCCUGUCAUCUUCUCUCCCUCUGCUCUUUCACCCUCUUCCUCCCAAGUCCAUCCAACGUCCCCACCUCCCCUAACUUCCCAAGAACACUUGGAACCAACUCUGAGCCACGGAGACUUGUUGCAGUGGAGACCCCCCCUCCCGUUCGUUACUGGGUUCCUUCCUGGAGGAACUAAUGGACAUGGACAGACCCAGCAUCAGACUGGACGACGGACCAGGGAGACAGACCCUGGCCUGGGAGAUGCCCCACUGCCUGUCCAGCCUUCGAAGAAACACGCCUCUGCUGCUGGCCUGCGGCUUCCUCUUGAACCAGGGUGGGCCUGUAGGCAGGCCUGCUGGAUGGGAUUGCCAGAGAAGAGGCCAAGGCUGGGGAGGGGGACACUUGGUGCAAGGGGAAGAGCUGGCUCACUGUUACUCAGUGUCUGGCUGGUGCUAGUUAAGGACAGAGGCGCCCCCCCCCCGUUCUGGUGGGAGCCCCCUGUUCUGGUGGGUGCCUCCCCCCGUUCUGGUUGGUUGCUCCUGCGUUCACUCUGCCCCUGGGGCUCUGCCUUGGGAGAGGGCAACCCUGAGCAGGGCACUUGGUAACUUUUAGUUUCCUAAUUUAGCACUUUAAAUGCCAUUAACUUAUUUUAUGGGUGGGGGGGUGGGCAAGGUGGAAGGGCCUAGACAUGUUUGGAGGGUGGGUAGGGUCUGGUUGUGAGGGAAACAGGGAGAAGGGGGGGUGGGUGCAGUAAAGUUGACCCUUAGCUGGGGGCAACAUGACCUUCAGCCAGCCUUUAUGAUUUGAGGGUUUUCAGGGAAGGGGUGAGAUGUGAUUUGCCUAUGGGGAUCUGGUGACCACUGUGAGGUGUUUGAGGGUCCCCAAGGCAGAGCCACCAGCUAGUAUUCCAGUCCAUGGAUACCUUGUAGGGCAGACUGGCUUUUGGGUGGGCCCUGGAGGCAAAGGGAGAGGCUGGUUGAUCCUGGCCUGGUCCCCAGCAGGCACAGAAGGGCCAGAGCAAGAAAGAAGGCUGGAGGGGGCUCGCUUUGGAGCACAACAUAGAGUAAGCACAGAGGUGUGGUCUUGAGACUCAUCACCUGGUUAAGCACAGGAAGGAACUGUUGAAGGGAUGGAGCCCCAAGACCCUGGAGCCUGGCAGGGGAGGCCAGUGGCAGCUGUUGAGUUUGGGGAGGGAGGGAAAACUGGGUUCUGUUUCUUUUCUUCUUUUUUAAUUUCUGCUUUUGUUUUGUUGGUUCACCUUGUUUUCUAGCUUUGACCAUUUUUGUACCAAGGCAAGCAAGCCUUUUUGAAAAAUAACAAAAGAAGAAGAAAAAAAAAAUCCCUCCCAGAAAAAAAAGACAAAAAUAAAUUAAAAAAAAAACAAAAAACACACACACAAAAAAAAAAACAAAAAAGAAAACAAACAAAAAAACCCUAGAAAAUAGGGGGGAAAAAAAGGGACCUCACAAUGAUGCAAUUACUUUUAAUUGCAAGCAACUCUUUACAUUUAAGUGAAGUGUCUUAACAUUUUAUAUUGUUUUAAAAAUAUAUUUACAUAUUAUAUAUAUAUAUAUAAUAUACGUAAUAUAAAUAUAUAUAAAUAUUUAAAAAAGAAAAAAAAAGAAAACCACAGAGCACUCUCCCUGGCUGCUGUCUGGCAGGGGAGGGAGCUGGGGACAGGCCUGUGGCCUGGCUUCUGUAGUCGGUGAAGCGGUUUGGUUUGAUUUGGCUGUACAGAGACCCCUGGUUUGGGAGGGGAGGGGAAGGGGCCCCUCCACUCCAUUUCUCUUUGCUUGCUGCUCUUUGCUUGCCCCCAUACCCCCUCAGCCCUGUGACCUGAGUGUGCACCCCUCCGUCAUUGUCCUGAGUUGAGUGUCCUUUGUGGAGGGAGGGGGAGCUGGGACAAGUGACCAUCCAUACAGGGCUGCCCGGGCUCUCAGGCAGGGCCCGCGGGAUUUACAUAGUUCUUCGCUUUGGUUCCCGCGCAUGUGUGUGCUGGGAGGCAUUUGUAUGGGAUUGUGUGCGGCCUGUGUGUGUGCACAUUGGCACGAGCCUAAAUAACUUCUGCCUGUGCACAUGCGUGGAUUGUGUGUACAUAGGCAAAAUCUUAUAUUGUAUGUGUGAAGCUGUGUACAUGUAUGUGAGCACAACCUGCCUGGGCAUCAGCAUGACUGUGUGACAGGAACCUUGGGAGGAAGGCGUAAUGUGUGACGGACAUGCCUGGCUAUUCACGUGAGGACUGUAUAUGGAUGGACAGAGAUAACAUGAGCUGUGGGUGUGACCGUGUUCCGGUGCAGGCAGGCGUGUGAGAGGGCCUCUGUGUGUGUCAGUGUGCGUGUGCACAUGUGUGCUCCAUCAUCCUGCACCACUCGCCCGGCUCCCCUCCUGAGGCCUCCCUCCCCGCACUUUCUCAAAGCCCACAGCACGUCAAUGCCCCCCUCAGCUGCAUGCGCCUCGCCGCUCUGUCCAUCAGUGUGUGCUUGACAAGAGAAACUGCCACAUUGGGGGACCCUGUACCCGGUCCCCUCACCCCUGCCCGCUGUGCUGUAUUACUGCCACAUUGGGGGACCCUGUACCCGGUUCCCUCACCCCUUCCCACUGUGCUGUGUUACCCGCAUGGGGGGUUCUCUCUGGCCCCUUCCACAAUAUACUGUUUCCCCAGGAUCCUCAGGGCCAAGGCUUUAGUGGGAUCCCAAGUGGGAUCCCCAAGGCCUGCCUGGCUCCACACCCACCCCAUCCACCCCGUAGGGCCUGUGUCGGUGUAGCAGUGAUGGCUUCUGUGGACAUUCCGUGACCUGUCAGUGUAACUUGGCAAUUUCUAAAUGGAAAGGGUUGCUGUGUUUUCUGUCUCUUUUUUAAUGUCCUUCUUUCUCCCCUGCCUCCCUGCUUUCUUCCCUUCCCUUCUGGUUUUUCUAGCCGAGAGUUGGGGCUUUAAUAAAACUUGUUUCUUUUUUUCUCUCCUGGA